UACCCUGCGCGCUGCACCCGUGAAUCCGUGAUGGCUUCCCCCAAGUAUUCACAGCCCUUCCACAGCCGGCCUCCUUCCCCAUUUCAUCACCCCGCUAUCCCUGUCUCUCUGGUUUCCUUGAACCCGCCUUCUUUUCUUCCCUUUAUGUCCACAGUGACUUCAAUGUCUUCCUCCCUCCCCCCGACAAAAAACGCCAUGGCUUCCAACAAGGAAAGACUAUGGAGCCGCGCGUGGCGAGGAGCAAAAACCCUCUUUUUCGUCGUCAACAUGCUUGUCUCCCUCCUCCUCGUCUGCGCUCCUCCGCUUCUCGUCAUCCUCCUCGAUCUCCUCCUCCCCUCCGCUCUGCUCGCAGCUGCCAACCGCCCGGCGUUCUACACGGCUCCAUCGUUAUCCUUCCAGCUAAGAACGUUCCAAAUUCAAGACUCCCUCAUCGAUCUCCCCGUCAUCUCGAUAGCCAGAUCAAUUCUCAUACUGUGUUUUUACUUGUGCUGUAACGGGUGGGGACCGUAUUUGGGGGUCACGACCGUUUGCGGUAUAGCCUCGGUGGGGUACGUGUCGCUGAAGGCUAUUAUGAUGUUUGGGCCUGAGGCGCUGCGAGGGCAACGACGGCUUCUCAUGUUUGGAGCUAAGGAGGGUCCGGCCAUCGAGGCUCUGUUCUUGAGUUCGAUGGCUCUGGCCAUGGCUCAUGUGGUGGCGGCGUAUAGAACCAGCUGCCGAGAGAGACGCAAGCUACUUGUGUACAAAUUAGAUAUCGAAGCGGUAUCGAUAUAUAAUAAUGAAUUUCCCAACUACAAUAAGAUUGCACUAAGCAAGUGAAGCUUAUUUUCUUUUUUUGACAAGCCACCAUCGGCUACGCUGCUACCUUUGUUGUCCGGAACUUCAGGUAAAGGUACGCCCAGUUCAGACAACAGGGGUUAGGGGUUUAAGAAUGCGAGAUAUUCUCCUCUUUAGUAUUAUUUAUUUCAAAGAAUAAUCUGUUCAACUUAAUUGCAGAUAAUUUUACAAUACUAUAGCAUACCGAUAGUCUAGGUUCAGCAAUAUUGGCGAAUUGUUGACAACUUACUGUCUUUCCACUUGUUCGCAGUUCCCUGUACCUACAUAGGUGAAGCAAUAGCAGCACCA